AUGCCGGACCCUACUUUCACUUCGAUCCCCCCCCUCCCCUUCAUCUUGGAAUUGUCGGUCCCGAUUCCCCGAUUCUUCGGCUUCUCCCUCUCCUUUACUGAUUAUUCGUCAUCGCCAACCCUCCUCUUCUCCUCCCUGCUGGCGCAACAUCUCUCGGAGGGCAACCCGAAUACAUCGCCUGCUCUGCGCGAUUCAACUUUCGUGGUGACGGGCCAUGGGCGACGGUCAUCCCUGCGCCAACCGGAAUUGCAAGUCCCAACAAACCCCUCCUCCCAACCUGCCAGCAGCCCCAUCGAUCAAUUUCCUCCCUACGAUGAAUCUCUCGAUGCAGCCAUAGGAUCCAGCCGUCCAACCCCAACUGCCUCGGUGAAGUAUGCGCCAAGUGAACUGUGGGAGCCCCGGAAGUCGACAUUCUACUCUCGCGAGCACAAUCAUGCGUCCGCGAGGAAUCCUAAGCAUCGGCCUCGGAAGAGCAUCAGCGAGGCCAUUACAACCAUUCGAACCCGAAACGGCAGCAUGAGUGCCAAUGCACACGAACUGGCGGAAGCACUUCGAGCACCGGUGUCCUAUCGCUUGAUUUCUCUCUGUCUCGUUUGGUAUCUGACCUCUGCUCUCACGAAUACGUCUUCAAAGUCUAUCUUGAACGCACUACCGAUGCCAAUUACUCUAACUAUCGUCCAAUUCGCCUUCGUCUCCAUCUGGUGCCUAUUGCUUGUAUACCUGUCUACAGUGAUUCCAUGGCUACGGCAGAGCGUACCAGUCCUCAAGCAUGGUAUUCGCUACCCAUCGCGGGAGGUGAUCUCCACCGCGCUGCCUCUCGCGGUGUUCCAGUUAGCCGGGCACAUCCUGAGUUCCAUGGCCACUUCACAGAUCCCCGUAUCGUUGGUGCACACCAUCAAAGGCCUCUCGCCACUGUUCACCGUUCUGGCAUACCGAAUUCUGUUUCGGAUCCGAUAUGCGAGGGCAACCUACCUCUCACUGAUCCCUCUUACCGUUGGAGUCAUGCUGGCAUGCUCCACGGAUUUAUCCACUAAUUUCUUUGGGAUCAUGUGCGCAUUCCUGGCUGCCUUGGUUUUCGUUUCGCAGAACAUUUUCUCUAAGAAGCUCUUCAACGAAGCCGAGCGUGCGGAAUCCGAAGCACAAUAUCCAGGACGGCGGAAGCUGGAUAAGCUCAACCUACUCUGCUAUUGCUCCGGCCUGGCUUUCUUCCUUACCCUGCCAAUCUGGUUUGUCAGCGAAGGGUAUCCCUUGGUAGCCGAUUUCAUCAAGGACGGUGUGAUUUCCUUGUCGGGCAAACAGGGGUCGCUGGAUCACGGCGCGCUGAUGGCUGAAUUUGUAUUUAACGGCGUGUCACACUUCGCGCAAAACAUCCUGGCUUUCGUGCUCCUGUCCAUGGUGUCUCCUGUCUCCUAUUCGGUUGCCUCCCUCGUGAAACGGGUCUUUGUGAUUGUUGUUGCCAUUGUUUGGUUUGGCAGCUCCACUACCUCCAUCCAAGCUGUUGGGAUUGGGCUCACCUUCGUGGGCCUCUACCUCUAUGAUCGCAACAGCCAUGAUGAUGUUGCUGACCAACGAGCGAACGCAGACCACUUCCGUGCCCGUGAAUCCAUCCUGCCUAUGAAUGUUCGGCCUUCAAGCAAGCCGUGGGAUUCGAACGGCUACGCUUUCCCCGGGAGUCGAGCAUAUGACCUCGUCGCUCCCCAUUCCUCACAUGCGAUCAAUUCUUCCAAGAAGGAGGACGAUGGUGCUGGGCGCGUGCGACCGCGAGGAACCAGCGUUUCUCGGAAUUGGCUGCCCGGGACCAAACAAGAAUCAACGUGGCAAUCCACCGACUCCCAGACCGGCGCAUAG